AAAGGAGAUUCUGUUACUAUAACGCAGAAAAUAGCGGAGAAGGAUGAUUGAAUAAAGUAGAAAUAUAUACAGUUAUAAUCUGCAGAUCACCUCAUGAUAGAGGACUGUCUAAUGUUUGGUCAUUGUAAAAAUGAUUAAAAGCAGGGUAAAAUAAGAAAUAAUCGAUCGUCAUCGAACUGCCGUAGCACGCAUACAGCGUGGUGUGAUGGUAGCUUUCUGAAACACCAGGGCGAUGCUUUUGCUAACUGCUAGAUAAACUGCAGCAACACGAAAAUGACAGACUACGCCGAAGAGCAAAGAAAUGAACUAGAAGCAAUUGAGUCUAUAUAUCCAGACUCCUUUACAGUAUUUUCAGAGGACCCUAUCAGCUUCACUAUCACUGUCACGUCAGACGCAGGGGAAAAUGGUGAAACGGUAGAAGCAACUUUAAAGUUCACAUAUGUAGAAAAAUACCCAGAUGAGCCACCACUGUGGGAGGUGCACUCCCAGGAGAACCUAGAAAACAGUGAUAUGGAGGACAUCCUCACGCUGCUGCAGCAACAGGCAGAAGAAAAUCUGGGAAUGGUGAUGAUUUUUACCCUGGUGACAGCUGUGCAGGAAAAACUCAAUGAAAUUGUGGAUCUUAUAAAGAACAGACAAGAAGAGGAGAAACUUCGGAAGGAGAGGGAGGCUGAGGAAGCAGAGAAGGUGGCAUUUCAGGGCACAGUGGUAACAAUUGAGAACUUCCUGGCAUGGAAAGGCAAGUUCGAACUAGAAGUGGCUGAGAUACGGAGGAAAAAACAGAAGGAAGAGGAGCAAUCAGGCAAAGCAAAACUCACUGGCAAACAGCUGUUUGAGAGGGACCACAAUCUGGACACGUCAGACAUUCAGUUCCUUGAAGAUGUUGGAAACAACGUUGAGGUGGAUGAAUCGUUGUUCCAGGACAUCGAGGACUUGGAUUUGGAAGAUGACGACCCCGACUUUGACCCUUUAGCGACGGGCAGUGAUGAGGACUAAAGCAGUGGUCCAAAAAAAAAAAAAAAAAAAAAAAAAAGACUGCAGGCUGACUGUACAGCACCAUUACUCUUGUCUGGAAAACAAUCACUUGACUAGACGCAUGAAAAUCCAAUGCGAAGACACUAACAGCAGUUUGAGAGGGAAUCUUUGUCAAUGCAGCCAUACAGUUUACAUUUUUCUUACUUAUCAAAUUCUGGUGGUGUCCACAAGGGUGUACUACAAUAUUAAGUACAGCCAGUGUAUAGGUCAUCCAUAUACUUACUGAAUUUAAAAAGAAAAAUGAAUACGUACAAACAAAAGGUGAGAAUCAACAUUAAAAAUCCCGAUAUUGGUCA